AUGGCGUCUCUCUACACGGUGAAGGGCAUCCUGAUCCUGGACAACGAUGGCAACAGGGUGCUGAGCAAGUACUACGAUGACAGCAUGCCCACGGUGAAGGAGCAGCGAGCAUUUGAGAAGAAGCUGUUUCAGAAGACCAACCAGUCCAGUGCGGAGAUUGUCAUGUUUGAGGGCAUCACGUGCGUGUUCCGAAGCAACAUUGACCUCAUCUUCUACGUCUUUGGCUCAUCACAAGAGAACGAGCUCCUGCUGGCAACGGUGCUCAACACACUCUACGACGCCAUCAGCAUCGUCGUCAGAGAAAAUAUUGAGAAGACAACAGUGCUGGAUCAUCUUGAUGCAGUCAUGCUCAUCACAGACGAAAUUGUGGACGGCGGGAUUGUGCUUGAGGCCGAUCCGGAGACGCUGGCGGUAAACGCGACCAUCAGCAGCCGCGACGAGGGCCCAAUCACCGAACAGACACUCGCCCAGGCGUGGAACAAGGCUGGCGACAUUCUGAGGCGACACCUCUCGUAACUGCAUAUUGCAUGCAAGCACGCGCGCACAUGCGCGGGCACAGCAACAACGGUGGAUAUGGCGACGACGACAGCAGGAGUGGUGAUGAUGGCGAUGAUGAUGAUGAUGAUGAUGAUGAUGAUGGUGAUGAUGAUGGUUAGUUGAGCGCAGCUGCGUAUGUGUCGUGGAGCGAUUUGAUGAGCGGAGUGGCGGCGGCGAAGGAGAAGCCACCCAGUUGACUCAACCGAAGCAUGUCCUGGUCAUCAGACAAGUCGUGGUGGUGGUAGUGGUGCGAGGUGAUUGGUGAGAAAAGAUCCGUGUGUUGGGGAAGGGGUGUGUGCGUGUGCGUGUGCGUGCGUUUGUGCCUGUGUGUGUGUGCGUGUGUGCCCGCGAGUCUGUGUUGAUGCUGUUUUGAGUAUGCGAUGUGGGUCAUUUGGCAAACGAAUAAACACGUUACCGCUUCCCUCACCCCAGAAAA